GCCGCCACGCAGGUCCGGUCGUAAGCGAGCUGAAGCCUGCGGACUGUACUCCUCGUCGUCGCUGCUGAAACGGAGAUGAAGGAUGGCUGCCGAAGCACACACCGUCUUUGGCGUGCAGACAGACACCCAGGGCAAGCAGAGGAGCCAGCGACCCUGCUCGCCCAGACCCUUCCCCAUCGGCUGUCCAGCCAAGAGGGUGCGGAGAAGUGUGUGUCCCGGACUAUCUAGCUCCCUAAAGACACGCGACACUUCUCCUGGACCCAACUGGCGAGCUUCCACGCCGCCGAUCCGCCCCCUGUGAACGCGGCGCAAGGGCCGAGCCAGGGAAUGCGGCUAGGGGAACCUGGCUCCACGGAGCUCAGAACCUAGUCCAGCGUAAUAACAGAACCCCGCACUCAUCUGCGUGCUGCUUUGCAUCUCAUUUACAUAGUAAGCUUUGGGUCGAAGCCAGCACGCUCCCCCACCCCUACGCAGACCCUGAUGGAACCUCUCGUCUGCACUCCUUUAAAGCCUUACAGUUCUGCCAGUGUCCCUGCCAGGCCCGUCUUGCUCCACAAGUUUUUUUUUUUUUUUCACCCAUGAACACCCCCACCCAGCACUAGUUAAAAACCCUUCUGCGCAUCCCGGAUCCCGACCACCCGGUUCCCCAGAAGACAAUACUCCAAUUCUCUGGGAAGUGGAAGAAACCAAGUUGGACCAGCGGGUGCUUUGGGACCCCAUUUGGGCUUUGAAAACGUUAAGUUGGUUUACCAGCCCCUGCCAGUUAGCUAUGGAUGGAUGAAAGGAGAUUUCUCCAACCUUCCAUUCUGUGACCACCUUCUCUUCUACCAUGGAAAAAGCCUCAUUGCCUCUGACUAUAACAUCUCACCCAAGGCCCUUUAACCAACAACUCCCAGAGCCUCCAGCCCCGAGAUGUGUCUUAGAACCCCAGGACAGCCUCGACUUGGCCCCUGCCCUUGUGUGUGCCCUUUGCUGCUGCUUCGGAAUCAUCUACUGCUGCUUUGGCUACCGCUGCUUCAAGGCAGUGAUGUUUCUCUCCGGUCUGCUGUCAGGAGCCCUGGUGAUCUUCCUCCUGUGCCAUAAAGAGCGGGUGCUAGAGACACAGCUGAGCCUGGAGGUGAGCGCAGGCAUAGCACUGGGCAUCGGACUCCUCUGCGGCCUGGUCACCAUGCUGGUCCGCAGUGUCGGGCUCUUUCUGACCGGUCUCCUGCUAGGUCUGACCCUGGGUGCUGGAACCUUACUGGGCACUGAACCUAUCUACCAGCCGCAUUCAGCCUGGGUGCCGGUCGGCGGACUGAUGGGGCUGGCACUGCUGGGAGCCCUGCUCACACUUCGGUGGCCACGUCCAUUCACAGUCCUGGGCACAGCACUGCUAGGUGCUGCGGUGCUGGUGGCCUGUGCGGACUACUUCCUGGAAGGACUGGCACUGGGCACUAGACUGGGUGAACGCCUGCAGGCGCUUCCAGAGUUGCUUCCUCUCUGCUGGUAUAGCUGGGUCUUGCUGGGAACCUGGCCAGUCUUGGGGGCUCUUGGAACACUGGCCCAGUGGAAACUCAUGGCUGAGGACCGUGGGAGCCGCACCAAUGUGAUCUUGAGCCACCAGCAAAGGCAUCUCCAGCUCCUUCGGAUCCAUCAGCAGCAAGAGGCUAAGAGGCAUCGGAACCCUUCUGGGACAGGACUGUGUGGAGGCAGCUAUCGGAACCAGCUUCCCCCCAAUAUCCGGAGCCCUGCUCACAGGCCAGCUCCAAGUUAUCUCCAGAAUCUUCGAGAGUGUGAGCUGGUACCAGGCACCCAGGCCCCAGGCCCCCACACUAUCCUGGACCUGGAUUCUGAUUGCAGCUCCACUGGCCUGCUUACCACACCUCACUCUGACCAUACCUGAGCCUAACCUCCAGUGACCCUGAUACCCCUGGUGAGGGCAGGAGAUUUCUAAGUGGAUAGGGCCUGAGCCCAUAGGACCCAUACAGAUUUCCCUACCUCUUAGACUUGGGAAUAGGUUCUGUGCCCAGACCAACCCUUUUAGAGACUUUUGGAGAAAAUUCUUAUAAAGAUGCGGGCGGGGACACACACACACACACACAAAAAGUACAAGUACCUACCUCUGUCCAGUAGUAGAGGUGCCCUGGUCCCUAGAGACACUGACUCUGAAACAAGGAGGUAUGCCCAAAAUAGUUUUUUAUUAAUUUCUGUAAUGCUGAGGUGGAGCCCAGAGCAUUGCCCAUAUUAGGCAAGUGUUCUGAACUACAACCCAUUCCCAAAAACCUGUUUUGUUUGGGUUUUGUUUUUUGGUUUGUUUUUGUUUUUGUUUGGUUAGAUUGGGGUUUUGGUCUCUCAAGACAGGGCUUCUUUGUGUAGCCCUGGCUGUCCUGCAACUCACUUUGUAGCCCAGGCUAGCCUUGAACUCACAGGGAUCUGCUUGCCUGUGCCUCCCCAGUACCAGGACUAAAGGCAUGCACCACCAUACCGGUACAGUGAUAGUUUUUUGGCAGGAGGAAUGGCACAGAAGUUCCCCGGCUCCUUACUCGGGGGUGAUUGGACUUCUGGUUGGCCUUUCUUCCUUGGACCCUACACUCGUGAAUCCUGCUACCUCUGUGGGGGGCUCCAUCUUCCAUGCUGCUUUCCCCCUCUCCUCAGUGGAGGAGGACCACAGCAUCUGCCUCAGCUCCCCUCUCUCCAAAAUCUGGCUCCUUGACCUUUUUCUCAGAGGAGCCUGGUCUUUGGAGCUGCACUGUAGCCAAGUGCCUUCUGUCUUUUUAAAGUAGCUUUCCUCCUGAACCAGAAUUCGGGCCCAGCUACUGACCAUUCUAACUCUCCCUCCUCUGAUCCUCCUGACCAAGGUCUAUUACCUAGUUUCCCAGACAUAGUAAAGAAAAUAUAUCUUUCCCCUGAGCAGCAGAUCUGUAAUAAGAGGGAGGAAGAACAAGGAAUUUGGAAAUAAAAUGACAUUGAAAAUU